AUGGUAAAUCCAUUUCGUAAAGUUGGUAAAACAGUUUUGUAUGUAACAUUAUUAGGGGUUGGUGCAGUGGCUAUAUCCAAGACUAUUAUUCGAUCUAGAAGAGAUUCUAAAUUUAAACCUUAUGCAAUUAGUGGUGAAAAUCAACUUGGAAAUAAAGAUGAGGUAAAAGAUUAUUAUAAUGACAUUGCUCAUAUUAAACCCGGAUUCCCAUUGCCCAAGGAUUAUUCUAAUGAUAGUAAGAAUGAUGAAUCUGAUCGUAAUGUGCAGUUCACUAGGAAAAGUGAGUAUGAAGGUGGUGGCUUGAGUGUAUUAUCAAGAAAAGGUGGUGACAAAUUAGGCUUUUGGGAUAGGAGGAGGAAGGACUAG